GCCACCUCUUGGCCGCUUGUGAUGAGGCCAUGGGCCAUCAGGUCCGACUGCCUGAAGAACAUCUGUGGAACCAUUUUUGCCGAUUUGCCCAGGCCAUUGCGAACACCCAGCCACAAGUGCAUGGGACAGAGGGUUUCCAACAGUAUAUGCAGGAAGUUAGAGGCAAUCUGCUGGCCAAGGUAGUCAUGGCCAAAGGGCCCCAAUGUACAGAAGUGAGAUUUGACUUCAACAAGAACGAAGAAAACAGCCAGCGUUCAGGACGCAAGAACCUGCCAAAUUCUUUUCCCACUGGGGACAUCAAACAGCCAGCGGACAAGACGCAAGUACUUGUGAAAGAACACAAACAGCCAGGGAACAGGGCCCAAGAACCUGACACAAAAAAUGCGGAGGAGACGCCAAGACUCCACCCUCCUAUGUGUGUUCAUGCCAUGCCAUCUGGUGCUUUCGUCACAGAUGGCCCAACCCCCCGCCCCAUGAAUAUCAACCACUCAGGUGGCCAGCCAGCGGUCCCAGGUGACGGCAUGAUGCAGCCCAAGAGCAAUGAUGCAGCCAUUUUGCCACCGUGCAGCCUAGCCACUGCUGUCAAACCUGACAGGAACACAGGCGGGAUUGUCGCAUUUGCAUCACAGGACCUGUUUGUUGCAACUGAUGUAACCACCCCAGCCAAAGAUGCUGGGGAGCUGUCCGAAGUUACGUACAAAGAAGCCGAAAGUGCCUAUGCAGUUGCUCCGACCAUCGCAACCCCAGGCCCUGAGCAGAUGGAGCAUGCUCUUUGCAAGCUCAAGAGAAAGAUGCAACACGAUGCCAUGAGCACAGCUGACACCCAGGAAGCCACCAAGGCUCCCAAACUUGGUCCAAAGCCAAUCGAACAUGAUAGGCAAGCUGCUGAGGUUUCCCAUGUAGUCGAUCCAGGACCAAAGACCGCUGACAUCACUGCAUCCGUCAUGCACCCGACCACCACCGGGCCAACCCAGGCCACCAAAGCCUUGCAACAUGCAGGUGCAUCCGAAGUUGCAUGCAGUUUAGAGCCCAUGCAAUUGCAGCCGACCAACACUGGCCACAUGCCACAUGAUGUACAGAGUGCAGCAAGUCAUGGAACUGGAGGUGCAGAGACCGAACAUGCCACACAUGCCCAUGGUCAUGACCAGGUAGGGGAUGGUUUCACUCAGGAAAUGCUACAUGCUGUGGAGGCGUAUGAAGCUCAUAGUCACCAUGACAAAGCCGAUCACACGCAUGUCAUCCAAGUCAUCAGGCAAGAUGAUGUGAUCCCAACUUACCUCUCAAUCCCCAAAGAAACCACAGUGGGGUCUAUCACUGUAGCGGAAGCCAAGUUGGGUAGCUUGACACCCCCAAUUUGUGUCAACACCUCGGUAGGCACCAGAAUUUUAUCAGCUGCCAAUACAUCCCCGUACCAACAAGUCUUCCUGAAGGAAAUGGCUAGGUAUGGUAGCGGUAGAACAAGUGAUGAAAUCACCAUGCCCAUUGAGCUGCUUGAGCGAGACGCCAUCACCCGACUGGCAUUGUUGUACCGCCAAGAAGCUUUCGUAGCUGAUGAUGAAAUGCGUUACUACCUUUCAAUGCUGACUGCCACUGGCCAAGCCAUCCAUGCUCCGAUUGCCAUCAUCCCUGAGGAAUACCGAGAUGAAGAACUUGAGCUACUCCUCAAAGAUUGGUUCGCCAAGGUUUUCACAACACCUGGGGGAGCGGAUUGGGUCCACAUUGCCAUCAGAGACAUGGACAAAGCAUGUUCUUUGCACACCACGGAAAUUGCUUCCAGCUUCCUGAAUGACUGUGGAUUCCAGAGCGUAGCAUGGAUCAUGAGUUUUGUCUUUGAAGUCAUCAAAAACAGAACCGAACAGAAACAAAAGUUUGGUUCAAAACAGAUGAAGAAAAAGCCUAGCUUCCAGCCGAAAGCACCGAUCCAAAUCCAAGCGGAUGACAUCGGAAUCCCAGAUGGAAUCUUUCAAGACGCAUCCGGCCAUGCCAUCCACCAGAAAGCACUUGUGAACAUUGGACCAGAAGCAAGUGGGAUCAUUGUGGCACAGGCGCAACAGGCAGUACCAUACCUGAAGUUCACACAGCCAGUCUCAACACAAGGACUUGCACUCCUGGUUCUGGACCACAUGAACCCGCUCAUGCAUGGAGUUGGAGAAGAAAUCAGAUUUCCAGCCAGGUUCGAGAAAACAAGUGAGCCGAUCCUUAUCUCUGCCAAAUUGGUACAACUUGGAGCAAGCCUUGUUAGCCGCACUGUUCCAGACCAAGCCUUGCGAGUGGAUGAGGUUCACACUCAGGUUGUCAGGGUAGUCAUGUUCCGUGAUGAGAUCGACAAGAAAUGGGACGCCAUUCUUGACAAACCUGUCAAGUACUUGGUAUCAAUCGUAAAGAUGUUGCAACCUAACCCUGAUGGUACCUCCGCCAUUAUGGAUGUAUGGGACAUGCAGUGGCUCAAUGAAAAGAUGGAACGCACCAAACCUGCGGAUGCAAGCUUGUUCAUGGCGUCGUUCAGGAUGGAGCGCAGUGACAUUGUGGAUGCCCUCAAGGAGUCAGGUGGACGUUUUGGUCUGAGAGUCAAGGUGCCCAGGAAAAGCCAGCGACAGGCCAUGCAAGUCCCCAGCAUCCAAGCAUCAGCCAAGACGAUGGCCGUCCUCAAAGCAUCCGAUGCAGCCGAAGCAGCCGACCAAGACCCAUGGGAGACCAAUGACCCAUGGGGAAAUUACCAGACUCCAGUCAAAGCACCCAAGAAAGCGAUUGCCAGCGAGGUCAAUGGACAUGAUGACAUUGACUUGAUUGCAGCCAAGGUCCAACGAAAACUCCAGCCGAAUUGGCCACAACAGCCAGGUACCAAGAUGGAAGUUGAUCCAGAUGCCACUGAAAACCUCCGCAUCCAGACCGUGGAAGAUCGACUAGCCAAGCUGGAGCAUACAGUCCAAAGUAACCAUGUGCAACAAGGAAAGCAUGCCCAGGAACUUGCUUCGCAGAUUGCCCAGGUUCAACACAAUGUGGACCAACAAGGGAAAGCGUUCCAAGCGCUUUCCCAUGUACAGAAUUCCAAUCCCAUGCAUCCGGCUGAUCGCCCAGAGGAGAAGCAGCCGCCAGCACAAGCGCAUUUUGCGCCAACAUCCGUUGCCAGUGUACAGAAGUGCGCCCGCACCAAGAGUCAAGCUUGGUGGAGCCGAAGACCUUAUCCACGUUUUGGCAUAGCAAACCCAACAGGAGCCUUGAACAAAAGCCACCUGUUCCAAGAAGCAUCUGACCUUAGUGCCCCCACCACAUGGGCAAUCAGCGAGACCCAUCUCACCAAAGAAGGGAUACAAAGGUUCAGACACGAGCUGAAAUUCAAGUCAAGCCAAUGGAAAUACAUCCCAGGAGCACCAGCUCAGCCUUUGACCAAAGCACCAGGUUGUAUAGGAGGUAAAUACACCGGAGUGGGCAUCCUUACCAACAGUGCGGCCAGAGCACUGCCAAAUGACUGGAGCCAAGAAACCUGGGAGUCAGCCAGACUCCAAGCAUGCACAGUGCGGACCCAGCAGCAAUGGGUCAAACUUGGAGUGGCAUAUGGGUACGCAAAGCAGCCGCACACCAGAGCCACCCGUGAAGCCACUGACCAGAUCCUUGAAAACCUGACGGAGCGCAUUGUUUUCCAAAGUAAGGGCUACCGCAUCUUAUGUGGAGACCUGAACCAAGAUGAUCCUGAUGCCCUUGAACAGUUUGCCAUCUGGAGAGAACAUGGGUUCAUGGAGGAAUUUGGCAACACCCCGCCGGUCCCAAUCUGGCGCAAACCAGGGCAAAUACCGUGGGAAGAAAUUGAUGUGGACACCUUCCAUCAGGAAUUUCAAGCAAUUUACAUUGACUUCAAAACUGAGUUUGAGGCCUUGGAAAAAAUGCUCAUCAGAGCAAGAUGCCAGCGAGCCAGAGACCUGCGAAUGUCAGACUCCAACGCCAUCUUCAGGGACGUUGCCAAACCCAGAUCGUUGCCGGUCAGCACUGUUGUGGUCAAUGCAAAUGCCAACAUCACUGAGGCAUUGGAACCAGGUGACCACCUCGCUCAGCCCAAGCUUGCAGGCGACUUGCAGGACGUCUUCAAAGCCUUCGAAGACCUCUGGACACCAAUGUGGCAAAAACACAAAGACACUAGCGUGGCCAAAUGGGCCCCAAUCAUGCAGGAAAUCCAGGAAAAACUGCCACAGCCGCCAGAAGAAAUGCUGAUGCCACCGCUGACACCAGAACAGUGGUUACGAGCAGUCAAAAGGAAAAAAUCCACCAGCGCAGUAGGUCCUGAUGGUGUGUCCAAACAGGACUUGCUCAAUAUGCCACCACCACUUGUUACCAAACUGGUCGAUCAAAUCAAUGACAUCGAGCAUGGACGCAAAGAAUGGCCGCAAGCAGCGAUGGUAGGGUUUGCGGAGGGUGAUCCGUUGUCAGUCGUGUCGAUGGUCUUGGUCAACUGCGCCAUGCACACCCUGGUCAUGCAGAAAGUUAGCCCCAUCUCAGUGAUCAGCUAUGUCGACAAUUGGGAAGCUCAGUCAACCCAGCCUGAAGCGACGUGCCAAGCACUGCAAGCCAUGAUUGACUUUGCGGAGGCCAUAGACAUUAA